AAUUGUCCACUCGUAUAAAAAGAGGACAUCUCUACUUAUAAUGCAUCAUUGUCAACUCGUUCUUGUGUCAACCAACUCAAGUAAACAAACAAACAUGUUCAAAUACGUGCUGUUCGCUGCUCUCCUGGCUUUCGCGUCAGCCAAGCCCCUGGUGGUAGACUACCCAGUCGCGUACACUGCGCCUGUAGCCGCAGCCUACACCGCGCCAGUGGCCUACUCUGCCUACUCCGCCUACUCUCCUGUUGCCUAUUCCGCCUACACCUAUGCGUCGCCGUACUCUUACUAUGUCCGCUGAGAACUGACGUAUACCUAAGUACCGUACCGACUUACUAUGUAUCAAGUGCAAUAAAUAUAUUAGUAUAUAUUAAA